CAAUAGCAUGUGAAGAAGCGGUAGUCUCUUUUGAAACUGAGAAGGAGGAUUCAAUUCAAGUCCGUAGUAGAAACAAACGAAUCUUCGCUAUCUUCAUUGUUACCUUCUUUGCAAAAAUGGCCUCCACGCAUCCUUUUCUCUCUCCUUCUGGUACCACCCGCGGCGAUUCUCUCCUCCAUCAAUUGCAGGCGAUAUGGGAUGAGACUGGAGAAUGGAGUGACACUGAUAGAGACAAUAUGCUUCUUCAGAUAGAGCAAGAGUAUAGUGAAAUUUAUCAUAGAAAAGUUGAGGACACCAUAAAACACAAAGAUUACUUGAAUAAGGUGUUGGAUGAUUUUCAAUCUGAAAUCGCUAAUAUCGCUUCUUCUCUAGGGGAAGAUUAUGUGUCAUUCUCACGGGGAAAGGGCACUCUGAAGCAGCAAUUAGCCAACAUCAUACCUGUCGUGGAGGACUUGAGGUUCAAGAAGAAAGAGAGAGUCAAGGAAAUUUUAGAAAUAAAGUCCCAAAUUUCUCAGAUACGUGCUGAAAAAGCAGGCUGUGGACAGUCCAAAGGUGUCACGGAUCAAGAUGUGGAUCAAUGUGAUCUGACCAUGGAAAAAUUAGGGAAACUCAAAUCACAUCUCAAUGAACUUCAAAAUGAAAAGAACAUACGCCAUCAGAAAGUGAAGAGUCAUAUCAGUACUAUCAGUGAGCUUUCAGCAGUAAUGUCAAUUGAUAUUUCGGAGAUUUUAAAUGGUAUCCAUCCAAGCUUGAACGACUCAUCAAAUGGUGCACAACAAUCCAUUAGUGAUGAAACUCUUGCUAGACUAAAUGAAUCUGUUCUUUUAUUAAAGCAGGAAAAGCAACAAAGUCUACAAAAGGUACAAUUUUUGGAAGAGUUAUGGGAUUUUAUGGGGAUAACAACUGAUGAGCAAAAGGCCGUUUGCGACGAUGUUAUUGGAUUAAUUUCAGCAUCAGUUGACGAAGUGUCAAUCCACGGGAGCCUUUCUAAUGAUAUCGUUAAGCAGGUUGAUGUUGAAGUUCAGCGCUUACAAGUUUUGAAUCCCAGUAAGAUGAAGGAAUUUGUGUUUAAAAGACAGAAGGAAUUAGCGUUUAAAAGACAGAAUGAACUUGAAGAAAUUCAUAGAGGAGCACACAUGGAUAUGGAUGCUAAAGCUGCUAGACAGAUUCUGACCGACCUCAUAGGUAAUAUUGAUAUGUCUGAAUUGCUUCAAGGCAUGGAUAAACAAAUCAGAAAGGCCAAAGAGCAAGCUCAAAGCAGAAGAGAUAUCAUAGACAGGGUGGCGGAAUGGAAAUCUGCAGCUGAGGAGGAAAAGUGGUUAGAUGAAUAUGAAAGGCGUGCGGAGAAAGCGCGGAUUCUUGUCACCCAGAUUCCAUCUAUGGUAGAGAAUUUGACUACAAAAGUGAAAACAUGGGAGACAAACGAAGAAAAAAGUUUCUUAUAUGAAAAGGUUCCAUUAUUGAAUAGCUUGCAUGAAUACAACGUACAAAGGCAACUGAGAGAAGAAGAGAAGCGAAAAUCUCGGGAGCAGAAGCAGGUUAAUGAACAACUUGCUGUAGAGCAAGAAGCAGUGUCUGGUUCAGGAUCUGCAACAAAGAAGCCGUCUGAACCAGAGCACUCAUGUUAGCACCAUAUCUGGGACACCAACUGGGCGCUGAAUGCAUACUCCUUCAAGCCAUUAUGGAAUCUCGGGUACAAAGGAUCGCAGAGAAAGUGCAGAGUGAAUAACAUAACUCCAGUGAACUAUGUUUCUCUUCCAAAAGUUGAUUCUGUUUCAUGGAGCAGUUAAAGCCGCCCAUCAAAUUUGACUCAUGUAAAUCAGUUUUCUCUGUAUAUGUGCUUAUUCUAGAAACUCUGUUUCUUUUUGCUCUCUAACAAAAUAGAGAUUGGUGUUAACUUGGGGUGUUGAUUGUGAAUUCUUACAUGACAGAUGACAAGACUAACUGUAGGCUCAAUGCAGAAAGAUUGUAUAAGUUGUGGUGGGCUAAUAGAAAUAAAUUACAGAAAAGUCAUCCAUA